AUGGUUGAAGAAGAGUAUAAAGAAUAUACGAAGAUAGAAAAACUUGGCGAAGGUACGUAUGGUGUCGUUUAUAAAGCAAGAGAUAAGAAAACCGGAAAGAUUGUAGCAUUAAAGAAGAUUCGAUUGGAUGAAGAAGUGGAAGGUAUUCCGCCAACUUCGAUUCGAGAAAUUUCAUUAUUAAAGGAAGCUUCCAAGAAUAAAAAUAUCGAACGGAAGUUAUGUCUCGUAUUCGAGUUACUUAAAAUGGACUUGAGAAAAUUUAUCAAGGAACUCCCACCGUCUGGAAUGGAUUCAUAUACAAUGCAGAAAUUUAUGUAUCAACUUCUAGAUGGAACAUUGUUUUUACACAUGCAUCGUAUUUUCCAUCGUGAUUUGAAACCGCAAAAUUUAUUGAUUGAUGAAAAUGGAGAUUUGAAAUUAGCAGACUUUGGAUUAGCAAGAGCUGUUGGUGUUCCGAUGAGACCGUGUACCCAUGAGGUUGUUACGCUUUGGUAUAGAGCUCCUGAAAUCUUAUUCGGUUCUCGAAGUUAUUCUUUCGCUAUUGACAUGUGGAGUAUUGGAUGUAUUUUCGCGGAAAUGUCACUUCGAAAGCCAAUGUUUGCAGGGGAUUCUGAAAUUGACGAACUUUUUAGAAUUUUCAAAAUUCUAGGAACACCCAAUGAAGAAGUAUGGCCUGAAAUUAUAAAUUUUCCAGAUUACAAGACGAACUUCCCUAAAUGGAGACCGAAAUUACUGAGCGAUUAUGUUCCGGGGAUGGGGCCGCUUGCCAUUGAUUUGCUUUCUAAAAUGCUGGUUUAUGAUCCAACUUAUCGAAUCUCUGCCAAGCGUGCUAGGGCUCACCCAUAUUUCACCAACAAACAUUAUUAG